AUGACACUUUUCAGUUUAAAAAUAAACUCUGUUCUAAAGGAACUUCCUGCAAGUGUCUCAGGCUCUUUAUAUGUUGACGAUCUCCAGAUAAGUUGCCAAGGGGCAGAUAUGAGGCAUGUGCAGAGACAAUUGCAGAUCGCUCUCAACAGGAUACAGGCAUGGUCCUCAAAUCAUGGAUUCGCAUUUUCAGAACAGAAGACUGCUUGUGUACAUUUCUGUAGCAAACGAGGUGUCCAUCCUGAGCCCGAGUUUUAUAUCAAAAGCUCACAAAUUCCAGUCAUACAUGAAAUAAAAUUUUUAGGGUUGGUAUUUGACCGAAGGCUGACUUUCCUUCCAUACAUUCAAUAUUUGAGGAAGAAGUCUUUUAAGAUACUAAAUAUAUUAAAGGUGUUGGCGAAUAUCACCUGGGGUGCAGAACGUGGCUCAAUGCUUCACAUUUACAGAGCAUUUGUACACUCUAGAUUGGACUACGGAUUCAGUUGUGUAUGGAUCAGCACAGCCUUCUGUUCUAUUAAGACUAGAUCCAGUUCACCAUCAGGCAUUGCAGAUUUGUUCUGGAGCUUUCAGAACUUCUCCAGUUCAAAGCCUAUAUGUAGAUUGCUAUGA